AUGAUUACGGCCUACACGACCACCGAGUCUUCCACCGACGGAGUCCAGAGACUUCCCGAAAAUGGCAUCAAGGUCGCCAUAAUUGGCGGCGGUGUGGGCGGCUUGCAAGCGGCGCUUGAAUGCUGGCGAAAAGGUUGUGAGGUUGUUGUUCUGGAGCAAGCUAAUAAGUUGUCUCCCCUUGGUAGGUCUGAAGCCAUCUAUCAUAACUACUUCGGCACGCAAAUGAUAAUAACAAGCUGGAGUUUUGCUGCAGGCGACUACUUCACCAUAACUCCUUCGGCAUUGACGGCCUUGAAAGAAUAUCCGAGCAUGCACGCCGACUAUCACGAGUGCAUCUACGAUUGUUCGAUUCACGUCUACACGCCUUCUGGACGGGCGAUCCACUCGACGGAUCCUGAGUGGAACCGGGCCAGGAUCGCGCACGCGGCCCCGGACGUCAACAUCUCGUUCCUGAAACGUCGGCCGGUCUACGCUCAGAUGCAACUCGAUCAAGUGAACAGACUCAAUAUCCCAGUCCAGUGGGGAGAGAAGGUCAUCAGCGUUCUAGAGCGAGAGGAUAGCGUCGUUUUGAAGACCGCCUCGGGAAAGGAAAUCACCUGCGAUAUCUGCAUUGGAGCAAAUGGUAUUGGCUCCGUGAUUCCCGGUUUCGAGACUGGCCCCGAGAUUGCUGUUCAAGACAGCGGGUAUGCGGUGGCGCGCGCGGCGUUUCCACGUUCUGCCAUACUUGAUGGCUCACCUGCGGCGUCGCUUAUGAAGCACAUUGAUGUGAGGCCUGAAUUCCGCACUUAUGUUGGAAAAGAUAUCCAUCUCAUCCUUUUCCUCACACCCGACUGGGUAGCUUUUGCUUUCACACAUCCAGACUACAACGAUGCGGAAGAGUCCUGGUCGCAUGUGAAAGCGCCGGCAGACCUUAUCCCCUACCUCGAGAAAGCGAAUGACGAGUGGGAUCCAGCAGUGCUCGACUUCAUCAGGUCAACACCAACCGGGGUCGUGGACUGGAAACUCCGAUGGCGGGAUGGCACACCACAGUGGACUUCAGAGCGUGGACGUCUCGUGCGUCUCGGAGACGCCGCUCACGCCUUUCUCCCAACCGCAGGCAAUGGGGCGGUCCAAGCACUCGAAGAUGCCGUCUCUCUCGCAGAAUGCCUCCGCAUCGCAGGCAAGAAGGGCGUAUGCCAGGCCACGAAGGUGCACAAUAAAUUGAGAGCACUGGUGGGCUCCGUGGGAGUUGGGAAGGACAAAGCAAAACAUAAACUAAGCAUCCUGCAACAAACCGGCUUCCUCAACCGCGAAGAACUCCACACCGCCGACGUAGCAGCAAUCCAAGCGAACGCGCAAAGCACCAGCAACACCACCAUCGGCUUCUUCAAGAUCGGCCGUUGGGUGUGGAACCACAAUCCAGAGCUCUAUGCACGGGACAAUUACGAAGCGUGUCUAGCGCACGUCCUUGAAGGCAAACCCUUUGAAAACACCAAUGUGCCGCCUGGUCACGUCUAUCACUCCUGGAGUCUUGAGUCGGAGAAGAAACGUAUGUUGGCUGGCGUCAGGUCGAAUUUGAAGGAGAAUGGUGAUUGGAGUGCUUGA